CGUAAUCACGGCUCGUCUGAAGACGAAUGUCUGCUGCUGCUGAUACAUUGUUGACGUUUUUAGUUUUGCCGUUUAAUUGACUUUAAAUCAUCCGAUACUAUUACUAACAGGUCGCUCCUCGAGCAAAACCUCCGCAAAAAUGAAAUGGAUGUUUAAAGAGGACCAUUCUCUGGAGCACAGAUGUGUGGAAUCGGCCAAAAUCCGCAACAAGUAUCCAGACAGAGUUCCUGUUAUUGUGGAGAAGGUUUCUGGGUCGCAGAUUGUGGACAUCGACAAGCGGAAGUAUCUGGUCCCGUCUGACAUCACAGUGGCCCAGUUCAUGUGGAUCAUCAGAAAGCGGAUUCUGCUGCCUUCUGAAAAAGCCAUAUUCCUAUUCGUCGACAAAACUGUCCCUCAGUCCAGUCUGACUAUGGGGCAGCUCUACGAGAAAGAACAAGACGAGGACGGCUUUUUGUACGUGGCCUACAGCGGAGAAAACACGUUUGGAUAUUAAUCUCCCGCAUCAUCAUCCUCCUCCUCCUCCUCCUCCUCCUCACUCGCGUUUCUU